ACAAAAAAAGAAAUAAUAAUAAUAAUAAUAAAGGAUGGCGUAUAUGAUAUUCUUUCUUUUUUUCUUUUUGUUAACGAUAACGAACGAACGAAAGAACGAACGAACGAACGAACGAACGAACGAACGAAAUGCACGCGAUUAGAGAUGAUACGCGCUCGCCAAGCUAUCACCGUUACCAUUACCACCAUCACCACCAUCGUCAUCGGCAACCAACACCAACAUCGGGCUCUCCUGGCACUAAGAGCAUUUAAUCAACGGUAGAAAUGUGAUUAGUGGAUUUAAAAAAAAAAAAAAAAAAAAAAGAAACUCGAAACGAAGUGAGAGUAAGGAGUGACGAAUAAGCGAAUAAGCGAACGAGAAACUAGAGAGAGGGAGGUUUUGUAAGUAUGUAAGCCAGUUUUCAUGCUCGUAUUAACGUUCGGAUAUGUCGCUAUUACGAGAGAGAUUCUUUGAAUCUAAUAUGUGUGAAAAGAGAGAGAGAGAGAGAGAGAGAGAGAGAGAGAGAGAGAGAGAGAUAGAGAGAAAGAGAGGAAAGAUAAAAAAUGAGAGAGAAAGAAACAUUUAACGUAUGAAAUUAUGUGUGUAUCGGAGCGAGAGAGAGAGAGAGAGAGAGAGAGAGAGAGAGUAGUAUAAUCGAACACGAGGUGAAGAUAGGAUUAUAAUAUUAUUGUGUAAUAUUUAAGGGAUAUUGUGUAGAAAGUGUGAGUGAAAAAGUGAGUGGAAAAUACGAGAGAGAAAGAGAGAGAGAGAGAGAGAUAGGGGCGGGGGGUUGAAAGCAAGUGCGAGGAAUUUUUAGAUACAUUGAUACGUAGUGAUCUUAAUAUUUCUGCACGAUUAACAGAGCGAGAAUGCGAGAGAGAAAGAGGGGAAGAGUGAUAGAGGAGUAUGAUGAGUGGGGGUAAGGGUGAAAGAAAAAAAUAUAAAUAUGCAAAGACAGGAUAUAAAAAAGAGAAUUCUUGUCGGAUAAAAAGUCGUUGACAAAGUCGAUACGAAAGUCGAGAAAGUGAAAUAAUGAGAGAGAGAGAGAGAGAGAGAGAGAGAGAGAACGUGUGUGUGAAAAAGAAAGCGAAUGAGUGUGUGUGAGAGAGAGAGAGAGAGAGAGAGAGAGAGAGAGAGAGACAGAGAGACAGAAAAAAGACGAGUGAAAAAUUUAAGGUUAAAGGGCACGCACUGUCAAUUCGUAAAUAUUGUCAUGACUCGAUCGAUUGAUACGCCUAUAUAAUCGUACCUCCAUUAUUAAAUGGCUGUAUGAAAAUGAGAGGGAGAGAGAGAGAGAGAGAGCGAGAGAGAGAGAGAGAGAGAGAGAGAGAGAGAAAGAGAAAGAGAGAAGGAACAGAACACGUUAUUGAUACAAUUGAGUACGAUCUUUAUGCUUAUGAUUAUUAUUAUUGUAUUAAUUAAUUGAUUAUCAUUAUAAAUUACCAUUAACAGAACGAAAGUAGGAAAUAAACCUGACAGCAUCAAGGAAGGAAGAAAAUGAGGAAGAAAUAAAAUAUAAAAAAAAAAAAAAAUGAAAAUUGCAAAUAAAAAAUGAAAAAAGAAAAAAAAAAAUGAAAGGCAACCACUUAUAUUAUUAUUGUACAUACUUACUUGUAACUGCUAUUCGUAUUGCAGAGGUUUUUGUUCUCUUAACGAAUGAUUUCCUCGAUUCUCUGCGGAAAGGAAAGGAGAAACAAACAAACAAACAAACAAACAAACAAACAAACAAACAAACAAACAAAAAAAAAACAAAAAGAAAACGUAAAUAAAAUAAAAUUUGUGUAUCAUUAAGCGACACCAUAACCACCCUUGUCACUACUUUUUUUUUUUUCACGCGUAGGAGAAGAAGAGCGGGAUUAGGAUGUUCGAGCGAUGAGAUGGAGAGAGAGAGAGAGAGAGAGAUAAAAAGAGUGAGCCACCAAAAGAGGAAGAGUAAAAAAGAUGGCCGACAACGGUAAUAAUAAUCCCUCUAUGUAUUUCCUAACCUCUAUAAGCUAUAAAGCUGUUAUUCUAAAUCCUUCGGCGGUAUAUAUCAAAGUCCAGCAUACUUUACUAGAGACCGGUAGAGUUGGUAGAGGUACUUUAAAUUUACGUAAUAUUUGACGUAAGAAAAGGUAUUUUAAAAGGUUGCAUAAAUCGGGGUCAUAACUCUUGUCCUUGAGUGCCCUCUUUCUUCGAUAAGACGACGUAGCGCCAUCUCGCGGCAAAUGAUUUGAACUAAAGUAUUGAUCUCUCUCUCUCUUUCUCUCUCUCUCUCUCUCACUUUCGAUGUAACAAAAGUUAUAUCUGUAUAUAUGUAAGUAUUUUGUGAGUUAUACUUCAGUAGGUAGUAGUAAGCUUUAUAUAUCUGUCUGUAAAUCAUGCACUUUUAAAUUGAAAGCUUUCACGAUAGAAGGAAAGAAGAGAGAAAGGGAAAAAGUUUUGAGAUUUGCGUUUACAGUUAAAUGAUAUACCGGACUGACGAAGUUGGAUGUACAUAAAUCCCAAUGAUCGUAUUUUCGUUGUUUCGAGAUCUACUUUUUUCUUUUUUCUUUUUUUUUGGUCUUAAUCUAAAAAGAAGAAACAUUAGAACAUUCCCUUUUUCUCUUAAUUAUGUUUCAUUUGAUACGAAAGAAUGCGAUAUUAUCAAUGGAAAGAAAAGGGAAAGAUAAAUAAAAUGUAUGUACAACUUGUUGACGCGCGUUCAAAGAAAGGAAGUGUCGUAUGUUCGAUUAAAACAAGAGACUGAAGGUCAUCCGAUAUCGAAAUACAAUGACAAGGUAAAAUAGUAUAUGUGAUUAAUACGAUAAGAUGAUAAUUUAUUUAAUGAGUUAUAUUUUCAGGUUAAUUUGAAUGUCGUUUGAUUUAGCUUUGAAAAAAAUUUAUCGUUUGACUUCGGUGGUAACGCGAUAUCAAGUAUGGCCGAAACGUCAGUCGGUGCGGAGUUUGCUCCGAUUUUACGAUGCUUGUUAUUACAGUUUUAUAACGCGAAUUCUUUGGUACAAGGUGUUACAAAAUCAAACAGUUUCAAGACGAAGGAUAAAGAAGUACGUUAAAACGAUUGUCAGCACAUGCUUUUUGACAGAGAAGAAAAAAAUGUCACCUAAACGUAUUAUUCUUAUGUCUUGCGGAAGCUAUAACCCUCCAACCAAUAUGCACUUACGAAUGUUUGAAAUAGCAAGAGAUCAUUUACAUCGAAUGGGUCAUCAUGUAGUGGUUGGUGGAGUUAUAUCUCCAGUUCAUGAUGCAUACGCAAAGAAAGAACUUGCACCAGCGACCCAUAGAUGUUCUAUGCUACGUUUAGCAUUGCAGGACAGUGAUUGGAUUCGACUUUGUACUUGGGAAACAAGACAAAGCGCUUGGACUAGGACUAGAGCAUCUCUUCAAUAUCAUCAAAAUUUAUUAAAUCUAUUUUUGUUUGAUACAAACGAUGUUAGAAAUAAUGUAUCAAAAGAGGAUUUAGAAUGGAUACCAGAAAAUAUUAGAAAUAGUGAGGAUCAAACGCCAAUUCAAAUCAAAUUAUUAUGCGGAGCAGAUCUUCUUGAAAGUUUUGGAAAAUCUGAUUUGUGGAUGGAGGAAGACAUAGAUACAAUAGUUGGCCAACAUGGACUCGUUGUCGUUACAAGAGAGGGCUCUAAUCCUAACAAAUUCAUAUACGAUUCGGAUAUUCUUUCAAGACAUAUGCAUAAUAUUCAUAUCGUGACGGAAUGGAUCCCAAACGAAGUUAGUUCAAGUAGAAUAAGAAGAGCAUUCAAAAGAGGUGAAAGCGUAAGGUAUCUCCUUCAGGAUUCUGUCAUUGAUUAUGUCCACAAAAAUGGAAUCUAUAACACAAAUUCUACUACUACGACAAUGUACAGCAAAACCUGCAUGCCUACUGUAAGACAGAUGAUAGUUGACUGUCUUGCUGCUCAUCCCUUGCCAAUCCGAUGUGGCCCCUGCCUUACUGCUAAAAGUACUAAUAUUGCUACUAACAAUCGCAGUAGUAAUGGCGCCAAUUGCGUUAGUAGCACGGCUAACAGCAACAUCAGCAACAGCUACAACAUCUUCAACAACAUCAACAAGAACAACAACAACAAUAACUACAACAACAACAAGAACGUACACCUAUGAGAGCGAGAGUGAGAGAGAAAGAGAGAGAGAGAGAGAGAGAGAGAGAGAGGGAGAGAAAGAGUGGGAGAGAAAGAGAGAGAGAGAGAGAGUGCUUAGAAUUCGCGAGAUUAUUAUAAUAUCGUGGUAUUACAGAGGAUUGCAACGAGAUCACAAAAAAUAGGUUAGUGCGCAGGAAUUUAUAUAUGUGUUUUUUUACCCCCUUCCUUUUCUGUUUUUCUUUCUUUUCCUCAUUCCUUUUUCCUUUUAAUUAUUAUUAUCUCGUAGAGUGUUCGCGAGGAUAUUUGAUUUUUGAUUAAAAGAAAAGAAAAGAGAAAAAAGAAACAGGAAUUAGUAUCUUCUCCCACAUUAGACAAUAUUGCAUUUUUAUAAUAUUCUUUUAAAGACAUUUCUCUUAAGUGCCGAUAUAUAAUAUAUAUAUAUAUAUAUGCAUGUAAAUUAUAUUCGAUUAAGAAUCGAGAUAGAUGAUAAACAAGACGGAAAGGAACGGGAAAAUUGAUAAUAUCUCUCUUGGAAAGAAACGGAAUAAUUAAUAAUAUUUAUUUUAGAAAUAUCUACGUGUAUACAGAAGAAUUACAUACAUAUAUGUGUGUAUAUAUUUUACAAAAAUACAUGUAUAAGCGAGAAUUGUUUAGUAUGAAAAUAUCAAAUACGUGUUUAUUAUUACUUUCAGAAUGACAUAGAAAUUUUUUAUGGAAUGUUAGUUUCUUAACAAAAGUCGAUUAAUUCGUUCGACUUUAUCGAUUGAUUCGUACAUACAUACGCUACACAUGUAUGUAUACGAAUUUUUGAUUGAUACAUAUGUAUAUGGUUAGAGACUGAUUUAUAAUCGUCCAUGUGCUGGAAUCGACCAUUUUUUUUUUUGUUUUUGUUUUUUAGUUAUCUGUUGGUUUUUUGAUAUAUAUGUAUACAGGAUGUUCCUUUUAAACCCGAACAUCUACAUAUUUUGAUUGGAUUGAGCGUAAUAAAUAAUAAAUCAUAUAAAACAAAAUUGUACCAUUCGAAGAAUAUGAUGUAAUGAUAUAGAUAUUCUCUUUCUUUUUUUUCUUUUUGUUUUAGUUUACAAGAUCAUUUAUGCGAGAGAUAUCGGUAUUUAUUUAUUUUAUUAUGAUAAUAUAACAGUUAAAUAAUAAAAAUAAUACGCAUUCGUGAGUUGUUGGACUUUGAGAUAAUUUCGAAAAAAAAAAAAAAAAAAAAAACAAUUAUGUUUGAUAAAAACAAAUGUAUAAAUUAUAAAAGUAAAAAAGUUUAAAUCCUAUUGACGUAACUUAUUUACCUUUUAUUAUUAUUAUUAUUAUUAUUUAUCCUUUUUAAGAUAAUAUCUUUUAAACGGGCUAUGUUCUGUAAAUAUAUUUUUUUGACGCUCAAUCAAAAAGAAAUAUUUGGAUAUCCGGAUUGGAGAGGAAGCAUUUAAAUUUUGAAAAGUAACCACAUACGUAGCAUAGGAUUAUGUAAAAGUUAUAGAUCUUUUUUUUUUUUGUCUUUGAUAAAAUUCUCCAUCUAUUUUACUAUAAAGCAGUGCCAUUGUUUUUGUAGAUUCUCUUUUUUUUCCUUUCCUUCUUUUUUUUUCUUUUUUUUUUUUUUUUUUUUUAAGGCAGC